AUGUCUUAUCGUAUAAAAAAUGUUUCAUAUGGAGAAGCAUCAAUUAAUGCUGUUUUAUCAACAUCUGAAGUGUAUUCGUGCAUUGCUGUGGCGAUUCUUUUAGAUGAUAGUAGAAAUUACUUGUUUCACAUAGAUUCAUCUAAAUUUAAUUUAAAAGGCAAUAAUAAUAUGCAACACGAAGUUCAAAAUGUGAUUAAACAAUCGAUUUUAAUGUUCAGUCAAUGUAAAAACAAAAGGGAUUCGUCUUUCAAAAGCAUAUUUAUUGAUCUUGGUGGUUUAAAUAAUCCCGCGUAUAAAUCAUUCAACGAUGAACAAAAUCGGAUGCUGGUUGGAUCCGAUAUAGGAUUCCUUCACCUGGGUUUUGAUCAAUUACAAUUUUUUCUGAAAUGUAUUGAAUAUUCGAAUACAACAACGAACCUUGACGGUGGUGAUAUAGACAAACUGAAAGGAUUAGUACUUAUUUCCGAUAUAACUAUACUUUCCUAUCAAACAGUAUCAUCACCGGUAUUUUUCUUUGGUCAAUAUUAUGACUAUGAAAUCAAUCUACGUGAUGGUAUUAGAACAAUGAAACCACAAAUAUUAUUUAUGUACAAUUUCAACAACAAAUCCUGGAGCAUCACCGAUAUUGAAUUAUCGACUUUAAUAUCAAAUUAUCUCAAUGUGAUUUUAUCCGAAUUUAAUUAUAAUUUUUUAUCAGGUUAUGAUCUGGAAAAGAGAAAAUAUCGAUUAAUGAAUUAUAUCUCAAAGAUUAAACAUUGA